UGGCGCGCGGCCGGUUGGGCCUAAGUGUGGGGAAGAAGGCAGGUUUAGGAAGCUCUGUGGCCGGAGCGGAGGGGAACUCUGAAGUGAAGGCGGCAGCUGGACUCCACAACUAGGGCUGACGCCGGUCUGCGGCGGAGGCCGGGUGAGGAAGGGCAGAGAACCCGUGCUCCAGUUCAGGCGACUCCCCUGAUUCCCCGGCCGCCCCUUGUUUAGCGAGUGGGAAGGGAUCCGGCUGGGGCUGUCUUGAAGAGGUUUCCUGGGAAGCAUCUGAAGUUCCCUCGCUCCUGUCUUGUCCCGUGUACUUGAACUUAUUUCAGAGGUCCCUAGUCCAGUUCCUCCUCUCUCUGAUGGGUUAGCUCUGAGCCUGUGUUUCAGAGGUGCAUACGUUGACUAGACAAGAAAGUUCCUAAUCUACAGAAACGAUACCAGUAGUGAGGUUUCAGAUAAGUAUUUACCUCCUAUGGUGCUUGUCUUUGCUCUUUGAGACCUUUCCGUUUGUACCUGUGUCAGGCUCUUGAGGAGAAGACCUGAUUGCCCAGUUAGUAUUUUCCCCUUGCUUACAACGUUCCCAACGAGCGGAUGAGAAUGGAAUAUUUUUAGGAAAUUUGGCGUCUUUAUUAUUAAGACAUUCAAGAGCUAUGAGAAAUAAUAGAAUUCCGUAUGUCCUUUCUGUUUUUCUGCUGAGUGUAUUUAUUAAAUUAUCCUGUACUGAUUCAGUGCACAUUCUUGUAAAAUUACUUCGAUAUUGACAGGAGAGGUGGUCUUGUUAUAUUGUAGUGUUUUGUUUCUAAUUUAUUUGAAUCUUGUUUUCUAGCACUCCCAAACUCCCACUGUCAGAAUUCUUACAAAAACUAUUCUUGAUUUCUUUCUGUUGGAUUCGAGUUUGUGACAGAGGUGGGCAGAUUAAGUUUCUGUUGAAGAGCAAGACUACUCUCCCAUGUCCUCUUUUUCUUCUUUCUGGGAAGAAGACUAUGGAUAAUGUGGUUUUCCUUUAGAAAGCCUCUGUCUGUUGGUAUGUCAGUCAAAAAUUGAACAAAGAAAAAUCAUUGGAGGUGGAAACUAACAUUUCUAGUGUUCUACUCUCCUGCAUUGUUAUAUAUUUUGAGUAUCUUUUUGUUUUUUUUUUUAAAACACUGUACUUAGAAAUGACUGAACUGAUACUUGGGUUUUUCUGUCUGCUAAAAUUUUGAUUUGACUGGUGGAGUAGGCUUAUUUUCUAAUGUCAAUUCCUGACAAGCCUUUUGAUAGUGCUUAGUGGAUCUGCAUAUGCAAGUCUGCAAAGGAGAAGAGGCAAUGUGUUGGUGAUCCAUGAGAGAGGUCUUUGAAUGAACUCAUGAAAUGGCCACAGAUGAUAAGACUUCUCCAACAUUGGACUCCGCUAAUGACUUACUUCGGUCUCCUACCAGUCCUUCUCAUCUCACACACUUUAAACCUCUGACUCCUGAUCAGGACGAGCCUGCUUUUAAAUCAGCAUAUAGUUCUUUUGUCAAUCUCUUUCGAUUUAACAAAGAGAGAGGAGAAGGGGUCCAGGGAGAGCAACAGUCUCUGAGUGGGAGUUGGACCAGCCCUCAGCUCCCUUCAAGGACACAAUCUGUGAGAUCACCUACACCUUAUAAAAAGCAGCUUAAUGAGGAGUUCCAGCGUCGAUCUUCAGUGUUAGAGGACAGUUUGCAACACCCCCAGGAGAACUCAGACACCAGAAGGAAGGCAGAACCUACUUUUGGAGGUCAUGACCCUCGCACAGCUGUUCAGCUUCGAAGCCUCAGCACAGUAUUAAAACGCCUCAAGGAAAUCAUGGAGGGGAAGAGCCAGGAUAGUGACCUGAAGCAAUACUGGAUGCCAGAUAGCCAGUGUAAAGAGUGCUAUGACUGUAAUGAGAAGUUUACCACUUUCAGGCGCAGACACCACUGCCGGCUGUGUGGGCAGAUUUUCUGCAGUCGUUGCUGCAAUCAAGAAAUCCCUGGAAAAUUUAUGGGUUAUACAGGGGACCUCCGAGCCUGUACAUACUGUAGAAAAAUAGCCUUAAGUUAUGCUCAUUCCACAGACAGUAAUUCCAUUGGUGAAGACUUGAAUGCUCUUUCAGACUCCGCUUCCUCUGUGUCUGUACUUGAUCCGAGUGAACCCCGUACACCUGUGGGGAGUAGAAAAGCCAGCCGCAACAUAUUUUUAGAGGAUGAUUUUGCCUGGCAAAGAUCAGCCAGCAUUACUAAUCUGUCACUGGAUCGAUCUGGGUCUCCAAUGGUACCAUCAUACGAGACAUCUGUCAGUCCCCAGGCUAACCGAACGUAUGUUCGGGCAGAGACCACUGAGGAUGAACGCAAAAUUCUUCUGGACAGCGUUCAGUUAAAAGACCUCUGGAAGAAGAUCUGCCAUCACAGCAGCGGGAUGGAGUUCCAGGACCACCGCUACUGGCUGAGAACACACCCCAACUGCAUUGUCGGCAAGGAGUUAGUCAACUGGCUAAUCCGGAAUGGACACAUUGCUACAAGGGCACAGGCUAUAGCAAUUGGACAGGCGAUGGUGGAUGGACGUUGGCUGGACUGUGUCAGUCAUCACGACCAGCUCUUUCGGGAUGAGUACGCUCUGUACAGACCGCUGCAGAGUACAGAAUUUUCCGAGACCCCUUCUCCGGACAGUGACUCGGUGAACUCCGUGGAAGGACACUCUGAGCCGUCCUGGUUUAAAGACAUCAAGUUUGAUGACAGUGACACUGAGCAGAUAGCUGAAGAAGGUGACGAUAAUUUGACUAAUUCUGCCAGUCCUAGCAAGCGCACAUCAGUCAGCAGUUUCCAGUCCACAGUGGACAGUGACUCAGCUGCUUCCAUCAGCCUGAACGUGGAGCUGGACAACGUCAACUUCCAUAUCAAGAAGCCCUCCAAGUACCCACAUGUGCCCCCUCACCCUGCUGACCAGAAAGAGUAUUUGAUUUCUGACAAUGGAGGACAACAGCUAUCAAUAAGCGACGCCUUCAUCAAAGAAUCCUUAUUUAACCGUCGAGUUGAGGAAAAAUCCAAAGAACUGCCCUUCACACCUUUGGGCUGGCAUCAUAACAACCUGGAGCUGCUGAGGGAGGAGAAUGGAGAGAAACAAGCUAUGGAGAGGCUGCUUUCAGCUAAUCAUAACCACAUGAUGGCGCUGCUGCAACAGUUGCUCCACAGUGAGUCACUGUCCACGUCCUGGAGGGACAUCAUCGUAUCCCUGGUCUGCCAGGUUGUUCAGACAGUCCGACCUGACGUCAAGAACCGGGAUGAUGACAUGGAUAUCCGCCAGUUUGUCCACCUCAAAAAAAUCCCAGGUGGAAAGAAGUUUGAUUCUGUGGUUGUCAAUGGAUUUGUUUGCACCAAGAAUAUUGCACAUAAAAAGAUGAAUUCUUCUAUUAAAAACCCCAAAAUUCUUCUGUUGAAGUGUUCCAUUGAAUAUCUCUACAGAGAAGAAACCAAAUUUACUUGCAUUGAUCCUAUUGUGCUUCAGGAAAGGGAAUUCCUAAAGAAUUAUGUUCAGCGAAUAGUUGAUGUUCGACCCACACUGGUUCUGGUUGAGAAAACGGUAUCUCGAAUUGCACAGGAUAUGUUGCUGGAACAUGGCAUUACUUUGGUCAUUAAUGUAAAAUCACAAGUUUUAGAACGAGUUAGCCGGAUGACCCAAGGUGAUUUGGUGAUGUCAAUGGACCAGCUGCUUACCAAACCCCACCUGGGCACCUGUCAUAAAUUUUACAUGCAGAUGUUUCUGUUGCCUAAUGAACAAACCAAGACACUGAUGUUUUUUGAAGGCUGUCCACAGCACCUGGGCUGUACAAUCAAGCUUAGAGGAGGCUCUGAUUAUGAGCUGGCUCGAGUUAAGGAGAUCUUAAUAUUUAUGAUCUGUGUAGCUUAUCAUUCUCAACUAGAAAUCUCCUUCCUCAUGGAUGAAUUUGCUAUGCCUCCUAUGUUAACGCAAAACCCUUCCUUCCAUUCUCUGAUUGAGGGACAGGAGGAUGAAGGGGCUGCACAGGAGCCGUUCAGCGGAAGUCCCCUCCCCCGGGAGCCUGACAUCCCCCUGGACUUUCUGCCUUCUGAUGAUGGCAGUUUGCUAGAAUCAAGGAUUCUGUUUGAGAAGGGUGAACAAGAAAAUAAGAGCAUGCCACAGGAUGUUGCCUCUUUGAAGCCUCAAGAGCAUGCCCCAGCAGCUUGCCCGGUGGGUGCCCCCUGCGCCCUCUUCCCAUCAGUACCAGAGUCAUUGCUGCCGCUCCAUGUGGAUGACCAACAGGACGCCAUAGGCAGCGAGCAGCCAGAGGCUUUGCAGCAAACAGAGGACCUUCCGGAUCCCACAAGCCAGAUGAGAGCCUUUAGAGACCCUCUGCAGGAUGACACCGGCCUGUAUGUUACCGAGGAAGUUACCUCUUCUGAAGAUAAACGGAAGACUGAUUCUUUGACCUUUAAACAAGAGUUGAAAGAUGUGAUCCUCUGCAUCUCACCAGUCAUCACAUUCCGGGAGCCAUUCCUUUUAACUGACAAGGGUAUGAGAUGCUCUACCCGAGAUUAUUUUGCAGAGCAGGUUUACUGGUCUCCUCUCCUCAAUAAGGAGUUCAAGGAAAUGGAGAGCAGGCGGAAGAAACAGAUGCUUAGGGAUCUCUCUGGCCUUCAGGGCAUGAAUGGAAGUGUUCAGGCCAAGUCCAUUCAAGUCCUACCUUCACAUGAGCUCGUGAGCACCAGAAUUGCUGAGCAUCUCGGUGACAGCCAGAGCUUGGGGAGAAUGCUAGCUGAUUAUCGGGCCAGAGGAGGAAGAAUCCAGCAAAAACAUUCAGACCCUUUUGCUUACUCAAAGGAGGCGUCGAGUACCUCAAGUGGCAAAUCAGGAAGCAGAACUGAAGGUGAUGAAGAAAAAGGGUUGAUUACAAGUGAUGCAGUGUGGUCGACAAAGGUGGACUGUCUGAGCCCUGUCAACCACCAGAGGCUGUGCGUGCUCUUCAGCAGCUCUUCUGCCCAGUCCAGCAACGCCCCCAGUGCCUGCGUCAGCCCUUGGAUUGUAACAAUGGAAUUUUAUGGAAAAAAUGAUCUUACAUUAGGAAUAUUUUUAGAGAGAUACUGUUUCCGGCCUUCCUAUCAGUGCCCUAGCAUGUUCUGUGAUACCCCCAUGGUGCACCACAUUCGACGCUUCGUCCAUGGCCAAGGCUGUGUGCAGAUAAUCCUGAAGGAGCUGGAUUCUCCGGUACCUGGAUAUCAGCAUACAAUUCUCACCUACUCCUGGUGCAGAAUCUGCAAACAGGUAACACCAGUUGUCGCUCUUUCCAAUGAGUCUUGGUCCAUGUCAUUUGCAAAAUACCUUGAACUUAGGUUUUAUGGGCACCAGUAUACUCGCAGAGCCAAUGCUGAGCCGUGUGGUCACUCCAUCCACCAUGAUUAUCACCAGUAUUUCUCCUAUAACCAGAUGGUGGCAUCUUUCAGUUAUUCUCCCAUUCGGCUUCUUGAAGUGUGUGUUCCACUUCCCAAAAUAUUCAUUAAACGUCAAGUCCCAUUAAAAGUGUCCCUUCUUCAGGAUCUGAAGGACUUCUUUCAAAAAGUUUCACAGGUAUAUCUUGCUGUGGAUGAAAGACUUGCAUCUUUGAAAACUGAUACAUUUAGCAAAUCAAGAGAGGAAAAAAUGGAAGAUAUCUUUGCACAAAAAGAGAUGGAAGAAAGCGAGUUUAAGGGCUGGACUGAGAAGAUGCAGGCGCGGCUCCUGUCUUCCUCUGUGGAGACCCCCCAGCAGCUGCAGUCAGUCUUCGAGUCGCUCAUUGCCAAGAAACAGAGCCUCUGUGAGGCGCUGCAAGCUUGGAAUAACAGGCUGCAAGACCUUUUCCAACAAGAAAAGGGUAGGAAGCGGCCUUCAGUUCCUCCAAGUCCUGGAAGACUGAGACAGGGUGAAGAAAGCAAGAUAAGUGCAGUGGAUGCAUCUCCACGGAAUGCUUCUCCAGGACUUCCAAAUGGAGAAAAAGAGGACCGCUUCUUGGCCACCCUGUCCAGUCAGAGCUCCACCAGUUCCCCCCAUCUCCAGCUGCCCACUUCUCCUGAAGGCGUGUCUGAGCAGGCCAUGGGAGGGCCCCCCGAACUCGAUACUGCCAGCAGUUCUGAAGAUGUAUUUGAUGGACAUUUGCUGGGAUCUACAGACAGCCAGGUGAAGGAAAAAUCAACCAUGAAAGCCAUUUUUGCAAAUUUGCUUCCAGGAAAUAGCUAUAACCCUAUUCCAUUUCCUUUCGAUCCAGAUAAACACUACUUAAUGUAUGAACAUGAACGCGUGCCCAUUGCAGUCUGUGAGAAGGAGCCCAGCUCCAUCAUUGCCUUUGCUCUCAGCUGUAAAGAAUACCGGAAUGCCUUAGAGGAAUUGUCCAAAGCCACUCAGCGGAACAGUGCUGAAGAAGGGCUUCCAACAAACAGUACUUUAGACAGCAGACCAAAGAGUAGCAGCCCAAUUAGAUUACCUGAGAUCAGUGGAGGACAGACAAACCGUGCCGUAGACGCAGAACCACAACCAACCAAAAAGGCUUCUGGAAUGUUGUCCUUCUUCCGAGGGACAGCAGGGAAAAGCCCUGACCUCUCUUCCCAGAAGAGAGAGACCUUACGUGGAGCAGAUAGUGCUUACUACCAAGUGGGGCAGACGGGCAAGGAGGGGACGGAGAAUCAAGGCAUUGAGCCUCAAGAUGAAGUAGAUGGAGGAGAUACACAGAAGAAACAACUUACAAAUCCUCAUGUGGAGCUUCAAUUUUCAGAUGCCAACGCCAAGUUUUACUGUCGGCUCUACUAUGCGGGAGAGUUUCAUAAGAUGCGAGAAGUGAUUCUGGGCAGCAGCGAAGAAGAUUUCAUUCGUUCCCUUUCUCACUCUUCUCCGUGGCAGGCCCGAGGAGGCAAAUCAGGAGCUGCCUUUUACGCUACUGAAGAUGACAGAUUCAUUUUGAAGCAAAUGCCUCGUCUGGAAGUCCAGUCUUUUCUUGACUUCGCACCACACUACUUCAAUUACAUUACAAAUGCCGUUCAGCAAAAGAGGCCUACUGCAUUGGCCAAGAUUCUUGGAGUUUACAGAAUUGGUUAUAAGAAUUCUCAGAACAACACUGAGAAGAAGCUAGAUCUCCUUGUCAUGGAAAAUCUUUUCUACGGGAGAAAGAUGGCACAGGUUUUUGAUUUGAAGGGUUCACUUAGGAAUCGAAAUGUAAAAACUGAUACCGGGAAAGAGAGCUGUGAUGUCGUUCUUCUGGAUGAAAAUCUCUUAAAGAUGGUUCGAGACAACCCUCUGUAUAUCCGUUCUCAUUCCAAAGCUGUGCUGAGAGCCUCGAUCCGGAGCGACUCCCACUUCCUUUCUAGCCAUCUCAUUAUAGACUAUUCUUUGCUAGUUGGGCGAGACGAUACCAGCAAUGAGCUUGUAGUAGGAAUUAUAGAUUAUAUCCGAACAUUUACCUGGGACAAAAAGCUUGAGAUGGUUGUGAAAUCAACAGGAAUUUUAGGAGGACAAGGUAAAAUGCCGACCGUGGUCUCCCCGGAGUUGUACAGGACUAGAUUCUGUGAAGCCAUGGACAAGUAUUUCCUGAUGGUGCCAGACCACUGGACAGGCUUGGGUCUGAACUGCUGAGAUGAAGCACGUGCUCUGAAACGGGCCAGGAGGACAGGGGCCCUGGAACCAGAGGACCGCAAGUCAGCCACAUGUUUUAUUUCUUCGUCACAUUCACCACAGUGUGCAGAGGCCUUUCAGUUCUGAGGUUGGCUAGGCCAUCUAUAGCUGAAGGGUUGAAACUCCAUGGAUUUGCAGUUUGGUUUUUAAUACCCACAAGUUAGCUGUCUGUGGGCUGGGAAAUUGCACAAAUAUUUUGUUCACAUAAGCUGAAAUCUAGAUUCAUUUCAAAGGGCUGAGGACAAACGUAUGGUUGGAGAUGAGAUCGGUUGAACAAUGGUUUGUCAUGUUUGCUGACAAUCCCACUAAGCAAACAGUGUCUCAUAGAUAGUGAGCCUCCUGGCCUCACAUUGGAUACAUUCUUUAUCUGGAAAGGAUUGGUAGAGCUGACGAAUUUUUCUUGUGUUUCUUAUGUAACAAUUUAAUGUUUGCCUAUUAUCAGAAUUUCUGAAACUUUAAAACAAUUCUGAAUUAUUCUAUCCAUGGCCAGUUAAACAGAUGGAUGCAAGCUGUUCUUGUUCUGCUGAGGAAUUUGACUUAAAUUGGGAAUCCUCUCCUGUUCUGUAUCUUGCCCUGUUUUCAAGGAUGUUUGAUAUUUUUCAAGUUCUGUCACUUCUUGUCUGUGGGUGACAGGAGGCCACAGCCAUUAACUUCAAGCCUUUUUCUGGAGCUGUUUUUUAAGCCUGUUUAUAACUUUUGUGCAAGUAAUAUGCAGAACUGCAUUUGUCUGCACAUGCUCAUAGUUUAGGUUUUUCUCCCACCUUCAGGGAGAUAUUACUAAAUGAGUCUAAAAUGACUAAAUCCCAAAAGGGAUAAUUAGUAAUGGAAGAUUAUUUUUAAUCUAAAAAGAAAACUUAGGCCUGCUCCCAGACAUUGAGCGAGGGAAGCGCUCGCCUGCUCUCUGUAGAGGUAAAGGGCCUGUGCUGGACUACAGUAUACUGGGGGGUAACUCGUGAUUCAUGGAGCAUCUGUAAAACUGAGAUGUUUCCCAUAUGGACAUCCUUGUUCUCUAACUUUCUGUAUGAAUUUCUAGGCCAGUUCUGACUGUUGAGAAAUGUUAAGAAAGAAGGUAUUCUUAGUAAGAAACUCCUUGUUUAAUAGUUUUUGUUUGUCUAAAAAGUGAUCAGAGGUACUAAACUAUGGCUAACAACACAACCCCAGACACUUUCUCUUGGCUUCUUUCCAUAAUAAGGCUAAUUUGGGGAUUUAUAACAUUUUAAGGUUUCCACUCUGUCAGGCUUCCCAUAGUAGCAUGUUUGUUUUGCAACGUUCACAUAAUAAGAAAAAGUCUGGAUACAUUCCAGUUACAGAGACGUAAGUUUAUGAAAUAGGAACAUUUUGGAAAGUUUACUUGAGAAAAUGAAAGCUUUAGUUUGGUGUUUGGUGCUUAUUAGAGACAUGGUUUGCAUUAGAAACAAGCUGACCAAGGACUUCCAACUGAUCUGAUGACAAGCAUUUUUUUUUUUUUUAAACAUACGGUGUGCCUUUCGAACAAUACAAAGCCCUGAUGUUGGUUUUGAUGUCAAAGACCAGUCCAGGACUGGAAGAUGUGGAGAUAUUAACUCCUCUCGUGUCCAGGAACAGUGGAUACUGCAUCUCAUUUCGAAUGUAAACAUGUCUUGUGUCUCUGUUUAUUUUUGUAUGUGUCAGGAUACUUAGGGUUGUUUAUCCUGUCCAUUGCUCAUACCUCUAGUCAGGAACACUUCCAGGAGCAGGUGUCUUCCCCUUGAUGCAAUCAGAUUGUUUCUCUGUUUUGGUCUCAAUACCACAUGUACAGCUUGAGUGCUCCAUUGGAAUAGGUCUUGACAAUAAUGCGUCUUCUUGAUUUUGGUUUCUUUGCCCUUGACUUGAAGAACCAAUUAUUAUUAUUAUUUUUUUAAGUACUGCUGUUGCUUAGGUAUUUUUGUGGCUAAAAAAUUCCAAUGUAAUUUAAUCUGAAGCAGUACUUGUUUCCUUGCAAGGGUGGUCUGUCCAUUUAAAACUGUGUUAAUGAAAGGAAAAUAUAAAACUUAAUUUGUCAUGAGUGGUAGAACUGUAUAUACCUGGCCUC